AUGUUUGUCACAGUGAUGUUUGGAGCUGGCUGCAGGGAGCUGGUGAACCCUUGGUGCAACCUGGUGACCCUCAAAACCCACCUGAAGCAGAGGGGGCAGGUGCCCCCGGAUGCGACCAUCGCCCUCCUGGCUGAGGAUGGGCACCUGGUGAGCCUGAGCGCAGAGGAGGGUGCGUCCGAGGCCCCCACCAUGGGCAGCUCCCUGCUGCAGGAACGGGGGACUUAUAUCCUUGUGCAGGUCAUCAUGGGGGAGGGAGGGGCACCCACCCGCUACGAGUCCCUGCUGGAGAACCUGGAGGACAGCCACCCAGAGCUGGCAGAGGAGCUGCGCUGGCUGUCGGGGCUGCCCUCCCUGGGGGAGGCACGGAGGAGGCGUGCUGGAGCUCGGGCUCCUCUUGCAGAAUCUGGACUUACGAAGAAGUUACAUCAGCAGGACAGACAAGCGGAGGUUCCCCCUCGCUACCCAGAGCACCAGCUUCAGGGGGACUCCCACCCUGUUGGGCACCAGCCAACCCAGUACACCCACCUUGUCGUCCAGGGUGCGUGA